AUGGCACCGACAAACCAUAUCACUGUAUACCGAGGCAGGGUCGUGGAAAACCGCCACGCAGUCCAUGCAGCUAUAGUCGACUCUACCGGUAAACUGCUAUAUGCAGUUGGUGACCCAUCACGAAUCACAUUACCCAGAUCAUCCACGAAACCAGCGCAGGCAGUCGCCGUCCUUGAAACCGGUGCAUUCGAUAUAUUUCCAUUCGACGAUGAAGAUCUGGCAUUGUCCUGCUCAUCACAUAGCAGUGAAGAAAGACAUAUCGCCCGAGUAAACAGCAUGUUGGCCAAGGUUCAGGCCAAUGAAGCCGAUCUCCGUUGUGGUGGCCAGUCUUCGAUAUCGGAGCAAGUAAAUCAGUCGUGGCUUAAGAGAGACUUUGUCCCUACUGCGGCCUGUAGUAACUGCUCUGGAAAGCAUGUGGGCAUGUUAGCCGGAGCAAAGGCACUGGGGACUGAAAUAAGUGAUUAUCAUCUUCCCACGCAUCCAAUGCAGCAGCGCGUGAUGCAGGUCGUGGAGGAGCUAUCCGGAGCAGAGAAGAACAAGUGCGAAUGGGCUGUUGAUGGGUGCAAUCUACCUACGCCGGCAUUUCCUCUCCGCUGCUUCGCACGAAUCUAUGCAGGAUUCGCAGCAGCAGCAGAUGAGGAUGCAGCAGAUACCGCCACCAAUGUAUCUCGAACAAAAGCCAUGGCUCGAAUCUUCCACUCUAUGAAUCAAUAUCCAGAAUUGGUUGGUGGAAAAGGCAGAUUCUGCACAUUAACAAUGAAGAACUUUCAAGGCGCGCUUGUAUGCAAACCUGGAUCACAAGGCUGCUGUGGAAUUGGGAUACGGGCAUCAGAAAAGACACGACAGCUAGGAGCAGAUGGUGCAAUGGGGAUAUCAGUCAAGAUUGAAGAUGGGAAUAUCGAUAUUCUCUAUUCGGCUGUGGUGGAGAUAUUAAAACAGCUUGAUAUUGGGACACUGGAUUCUGAGGCAUUGUCUGCUUUUCACCAUCCGAAGAUCUUGAGCACGACUGGAGCUGUCAUCGGCCAUGUUUCGCAUAUGUUUCAGAUACGACGCUGCAUAUAA